AUGAAAGGCUACAGCAACGGCAGUCCCGCCCAAAAUCCUCGGACGCUCCAGCUGAGACCAGCCAAAAGCCCGCACGAGAGUUUCACAUUCGGCAACCUUUGCGCCGUCAAUUCUGCCGAUAUCCCGCCCGCCCAGGAAGGCCACGACAUACAUCUUCUGAUCAACGGUAGCUUUGUGCUUUCUGCUCGGCCCAUACCCUCCUUUCCUCGCGGACAGAUCAGUCUCAACGACGCGCAGAGGACAUGGCUGCAAGUGGCGAUGACCGAUGUGGUCGAAGUGCAACAGUACGAUCCCUUCAGCGCGGGCCCGCAGAGCUACUUGGGCAGCAUGGACAUCGAAGUCGGCUUUGCUGGAAGAAAGAGCACAGAUGUUCCAUACGAUCAAGAUGAGCUGGCGCAGGCAUUCAUUCGGGUCUUCAGACAUCAGAUCUUUGCGCCGGGGCAGCAGCUGCUCAUGGACUUCAAAGGCAUACCCCUUCGUAUGACCGUGCGCACUGUCGAGCUGGUCGACAUCUCGUCUCUGACGUCCACCGGGGGCGCACAUCAAAUGACGAGCCCGCAGUCACGAGGCAUCCUCACGCCGGAGACUGCAAUCAACUACUACAAAGACGCCAAAUCGCCCAUCGCUUUGCUAGGCUCGAUGCGCCGUCCUGCUGCCAACUCUGUGAUCCGACCUGACUUCAAGUUCGAAGACAUGGGGAUUGGUGGGCUGGACAAGGAGUUUAGCGAUAUCUUCAGACGUGCCUUUGCCUCUCGUAUCGUGCCCCCGGGUUUGGCCGAGAAGAUUGGGAUUCAGCAUGUUCGAGGAAUAUUACUCUUUGGACCUCCUGGAACGGGAAAGACACUUAUUGCUCGACAAAUCGGCAAGAUGUUAAACGCUCGGGAGCCCAAAGUUAUCAACGGUCCGGAAGUGCUGAACAAGUACGUCGGACAGUCCGAGGAGAACAUUCGCAAGAUGUUUGCGGAUGCAGAGAAGGAGCAGAAGGAAAGAGGUGACGAAUCCGACCUGCACAUCAUCAUCUUCGAUGAACUAGACGCAGUCUGUAAACAGCGAGGAAGCACUGGAGGUGGUACCGGCGUCGGCGACAGUGUUGUCAACCAGCUGCUCUCUAAGCUGGACGGUGUGGAACAGCUUAACAACAUCCUUCUCAUCGGAAUGACCAACCGAAAGGACAUGAUUGAUGAAGCACUCCUUCGUCCUGGCCGAUUGGAAGUCCAUAUGGAGAUUAGUCUUCCAGAUGAACACGGCCGUCAGCAGAUCCUCAAGAUUCACACCAACAAAAUGCGGACAAAUGGAACGAUGGCCCCGGAUGUUGACCUACCAGAACUCGCGCGUCUCACUCGAAACUUUUCAGGUGCUGAGAUCCAGGGUUUGGUGAAGGAUGCCAGCAGCUGGGCUCUGCAACGGCACAUCAAGGCUGGCACCAUGGCUGCGUUGUCUGACGAUGUGGUGAACAUGAAGAUCAGGAUGGAAGACUUUAUGCGCGCUCUGGACGAGGUACACCCAUUGUUCGGAGCCAAUGAUGAGGACCUGGAGCGCAGUUUCGAGGAUGGCAUCAUCAAGUUCAGCCCGUACAUUGACAAGAUCCUGAAGAACGGACGGGAGUGUGUCAACCAAGUCCGCAGCGGCGAGACACCGCUCCUGACCGUGCUUCUCCACGGACCCGAGGAGUCCGGAAAGACGGCGCUUGUGGCGAAGAUUGCUACUGACUCGGAGUACCCCUUCAUCCGCAUGAUCAAGCCGGUCGACCUGAACGGAAUGAACGAGAUCGAAAAGAUCCGACACCUGACCAAGAUCUUCACCGACGCUUACAAGUCCCCCUUGAGCAUCAUCGUGCUAGACAACAUCGAACUCUUCGUCGACUGGGUGCCUCUAGGACCGAGAUUCAGUUCGGCCGUGCUCGGCGCCAUCAAGGGGCUGUUGCGGAACAAGGGGCCUAAAGGCCGGCCUCUCCUGAUCUUCGCCACGACCACCGAACGCUCCGCUCUCGCACAGAUGCAACUGCGUUUCGACUACGAGAUCCCUGUACCGAAUGUGCAGACCCAACAGGAGCUGGGCAACAUCAUGCAGGAGAGCGGGGAGUUUGGACCGGAGGACAUACAACGGGCGCUGGGUGAGAUUCAUGAGACGACGCAGAGGCAGGAGAUUGGAGUCGGGGUUGCGCGGGUAUUGCGUGCGAUCAAGACCGCUAAACAGGAUCCUGACCGGGUGGGACGAUUUGCGGAGCUGAUUUCGGAGUCUGUCGCAUAUUCUCCAUCAUAG